AUGGCAAGUGAAAAUUUGAAAAACUCUAUUCAUUCAAAAGUAGAAAAUCCAAUUUUUACGACUGAUAUUCAAAGACAUAAAUUUGAAAAGAAAAUUGUCGAAAAUUUUAUACUUAUAUGGCUAGAUAAAAAUAUAUAUGAAACAUUUGAACAAUAUGAAAAUCCACUUCAAUUAUUUCAAUUAUAUAUUAAUACAAUAAAAUUAUUUUCUAAUCCAAAUGAAUUCUAUGAAUUUAUUCAAAAUAUUAAAGAAGAAAAACUAUUUAUCAUUACAUCAGGUACUAUUGGUGAAAAGAUUAUUCCUCAAAUAGAAACUCAAACAUAUGUUCACUCAAUCUAUAUUUAUUGUAAUAAUAGAGAACAUUAUGAAAAAUGGACGAAAGAUAUUCAAAAAGUCAAAGGAGUUUAUACGGAUCUUCAAUCAAUUCGUGAUGCAUUUCGACGAGAUAUACGUCAAGCAAAUAAUGAUUUAAUAUCUAUUAGUAUUCUUCCAAAUAUAAAUUCAAAUGAAUUAAAACAAUCAUUUAUUUGUUCAUUAUUAUUAAAAGAAAUAUUAAUUCAUAGUGAAUCUAAUGAACAAAAGAAAAUUGAUUUUAUUGAAUAUUCUCAUUUUCAUUAUAAUGAAAAUUUUUCUCAAUUAAAUAUUAUUAAUCAAUUUAAAAAUAAUACUUAUAAUCAAAUAUCACCUAUUGAAUGGUAUACUCGAGAAUGUUUUAUUUAUUCAAUGAUAAAUAGAACAUUAAGAUUAUAUGAUAUUGAAAUUUUAAAUAAAAUAUCAUUUUUUAUAUAUGAUUUACAUGAACAAAUAAAAUAUUUACAUAUGAAAAUUAAUGAUAAUAAAAAAUUAAUUGUCUAUUAUGGACAAGGAAUAUUAAAUGAACAAUUUAAUCAAUUAUAUAUGAAUAUAAAUGGUUUAAUAUGUUUUAAUAAUUUUUUAUUAACAACAAUUAAUAAAGAAUCUUCAUAUGUUUUUGCAAAACAAUCAGAAAAUGAUAUUAAUUUAGUAUGUAUUUUAUUUCAAAUUGAAAUUAAUUAUUUAAAUACAUUAUGUCCAUUUAUUAAAUUAGAUGAAUUAGAUUAUUAUCAUGAUACAGAUCAAUAUAUACUUUUUUCAUUAAAUCCAAUAUUUCAAAUAAAUAAAAUUGAACGUAUUGAAAAUAAAUUAUGGCAAAUUAAUUUAAUUUUAAUAGAUAAUAAUAAUAAUAAAUUGAAAGAUUUAACUUAUACAAUACAAAAAAAAUAUGAAAAAUCAAAUAAAUUUUAUUUAUUAGGUCAAAUAAUAUUUGAAAUGAAUGAUUUAAUUAAAGCAAAAUAUAUAUUUGAAAUUUUACUUCAAAAUACAAUGAAAAAUAAACAAAAAAAUCUAUACAAUAUUCAUCGUAUGCUUGGACGUAUUAAUCAAAAAAUGAAUAAUUUUCCAAAAGCACUUUUUCAUUAUCAAGAAUGUAUAAAUAUUCAAUCAUCAUCUCAUACAUCAUCAAAAGAUUUUUUACUUUCACCAACAUUUGCUGCUAUUGGUGCAAUUCUAGAAAAAUUAGGUGAUUAUAAUGAAGCAAUGAAAUAUUUUCAACAGGCUCUAAAUCAUAGUCAUUAUAUUACUGAAUUUGAUUCAUCAAUUACGGCAAUAUUUUAUAUUAAUAUUGGUCGAAUCUUUUAUAAACAAAAACAAAAUCUUGAAGCACAAAAAAAUUUUCAACUUGCACUUAAAUUUCAACAAAAUGCUCGUAUACAUGAUGAUAAUUUAUUGACAGAAAUUAAUUAUUAUUUAGCAAAAGUAUCUUAG